CUCUCUCUCUCUCUUAAACCCUAGCCCCUCUUCUUGAAAACCUAAUCUGCGAGCGAAAGAGGGGCAGUGAGUAAUACAACAAUGGGUGGUUCAAGGAGAAAGCACAAGAGAUCAAGGGCGAAGGUACAAGUUGCGUUGCCGAAGAGAAACCCUAACGUAUUCAAACCGGCGUUCACUAUCCCACCGAAAUUGAAAGUUCUGUUGGACCCGCACUGCAAAUGGGACGACAAGGCCAGCGUCAUCGAGAAUUACAAGUCACUCGGCGUCGUUUCGAACCCUAAUUUUCUCGGCGUACGCGCGCGUACGUCUCACAUGGUCGAGAGUGAUGCUCUCCAGAUGCCGCCCUCCACCGACGAAUUCGUAUCGGAGUUCGAGCCCAUUGACAGCGGCAGUGACCUCGAAGAAGAUGAUUUGAAGACAGCUCUGGGGAAGAAGCGGGCCGAUGGCAAGAUCACGCCCCUUCAACCACUUACAACCAUCCAACGGCUUCAUGUUUCUCGCCUUGUGGAGAAAUAUGGUGAUGAUUAUCAUAGUAUGUUCAUGGAUACCAAAUUGAACAAGAUGCAACACUCAAUAGCAACACUCGAGAAACUGUGCAAGCGCUAUCAUACACACAAAAAUAAAAACCUGUUGAUUGUCGGUUCUUGGAAGUGAGCCAGGGUACAAGGGAAUACUCUGCUGGCUUUGAUGCUGUGAUAUUUUUGUGUGUGUGCCCCUCUUCUCUGUCUCAUGAUAUAGCUGCGUGACUUGAGCCGUAUCUGAUGCUCAGGUGUUAUCUUUAUAAUGUGUACUAUUAGGAUUACGGUGUUAGAUUAUUGCAUUGUUGAAUGGUAAUUGAACAUUUAUGAUAUACUUUUCCCAUAGUUAUGAUUUCCGGUCGAA